UGAAGGGCAGGCAGCACGCGCCUGGCAACCAGAGCACCAGCCCAGCCAUGUUCCCUGAGUUCAGUGAACGCCAGGAGUUCGCAGGCUCUGACUUCGGCUACCUGGAAAACUUCAGCUCUAGCUAUGAGUACGGGACUGAAAACGAGAGUGACUUGUGCUGUGAGUCGCAGCCCUGCCUCCAGGACUUCAGCCUGAACAUUGACCGGGCCUUCCUGCCGGUCCUCUACAGCGUAGUCUUUGUGCUGGGGCUGCUGGGCAACGGCGCUGUGGCUGCUGUGCUGCUGAGCCAGCGUGCCGCCCUGAGCAGCACCGACACCUUCCUGCUGCACCUGGCGGUGGCUGACGCACUGCUGGUGCUGACCCUCCCGCUCUGGGCAGUGGAGGCUGCGGUCCAGUGGGUUUUCGGGUCAGCGCUCUGCAAAGUGGCAGGCGCCCUGUUCAACAUCAACUUCUGUGCGGGGGCCCUCCUGCUGGCCUGCAUCAGCUUUGACCGCUACCUGAGCAUCGUGCAUGCCACCCAGCUCUACCGCCGGGGCCCCCCCGGCCGCGUGGCCCUCACUUGUGUGGUCGUCUGGGGGCUCUGUCUGCUCUUCGCCCUCCCCGACUUCAUCUUCCUGUCGGCCCACCGUGAUGAGCAACUCAAUGCUACCCACUGCAAGCACAACUUCCCACCUGUGAGCUGCUCAGCUCUGCGCCUCCUGCAGCUGGUGGCUGGAUUCCUGGUGCCCCUGCUGGUCAUGGCCUACUGCUAUGCCCGCAUCCUGGCGGUGCUGCUGGCCUCCAGGGGCCAGCGGCGGCUGCGAGCCAUGCGGCUGGUGGUGGUGGUAGUGGUGGCCUUUGCCCUCUGCUGGACCCCCUACCACCUGGCGAUACUGGUGGACAUCCUGUUGGACCUGGGGGUCUUGCCGCGCAACUGCAGCCAAGAGAACCAUGUGAAUGUGGCCAAGUCGGUCACGUCAGGCCUGGGCUACAUGCACUGCUGCCUUAACCCACUGCUCUAUGCCUUUGUGGGUGUCAAGUUCCGUGAGCGCAUGUGGAUACUCCUCGUGCGCCUGGGCUGCCCUGGCCAGAGUUGGCAGCAGCGGCACUCACCGUCUUCCCGCCGGGAUUCGUCCUGGUCCGAGACCACAGAGGCCUCCUACUCAGGCUUGUGAGGGUAGGCUGGGGGCUCCCGUUUCACCAUGCAGCCUGACUCCCCCACAUUCCAGGCUCCUCCCUCCUUCCGCCCUUGGCCUCGCAACCCUCCCUGGCUCUGGGACUUUGCCAUUGCUGCUCCUUCAUUGCCAAGCCCCACCGUGCCCCUUCAGAGUUGGCUGCCUCGGCCCCAAGUCCCACCAGCCUUCUGAUUCAGUAACUAGACCUUGGCCUUCCCCAUAUGCAGGGAGCACAAGGCAAACAGCAUGGUGGAAGCUGCCCCUUUGGGGCCUUG